AUGGCACCCAAUCGCACUCAAUUGCAGAAUCUAUCUCAGAAAGCUAAUGAGUCCUUCAAAGAAUACGCGCAAAAAUGGCGCGAGUUGGCAGCCAGAGUUCAACCACCUAUGUUGGAGAGAGAAAUGAUGGACCUGUUCACCAAUACUUUGGAAGGUCAAUACUAUUCUGCUUGUUCUGCAUCCUCGAGUUUCGCCGAGUUAGUCAUGAUCGGUGAGAGAAUUGAAAGUGGAAUCAAGGCUGGUAGAAUUCAGAAUCCGAGUGCUGCUAGUUCCUCCUCUGGGGUUGUGGGAAAGAAACCUUAUAACGGGUUUGCCAAGAAAAGAGAGGGUGAGACGAGCGCUGCUUAUUAUGGUAAAGGCAAAAGCCAGGCUCAUCAACAAGUGGCCGCCGUGACUAUACCGAAUGUUCCAUUUCAGCAACAUCAACAACGAGGGUAUACUCCGCGCCAGUAUCAACCAAAGGCACCUGAGAGAACUUUUGACCCAAUCCCGAUGACAUAUGCACAAGUAUUGCCAUACCUCCUCGACUUGAAGUUGGUACAAUUGAGAACUCUAGCAACUCCUGCUAAGUUGCCUCCUAUCUGGGAUGCUAAUGCAAGGUGUGAAUUCCACUCUGGAGCACCCGGGCAUAACAUUGAAAACUGUAAAGCAUUGAAGUAUCAGGUUCAAAAUCUUCUCGACUCCAAGGCCAUUGAGUUCACUCCUACUCCAGGGCCUAAUGUUGUUCAAAAUCCCAUGCCCCCUCAUGGGUCUCAUGCUGCAAACGCCCUCGAUUGUGUUGAAGAUACUCGUUUGGUUAAGGACGUGACUGAGUUAGGCUCUCUGUUGCCUUUACUGAAAGUAGAAUUAUUGAGAAUGGGUCUAUGUGCUGGUUGUGGAGAAUUGUGUAAUGAUUGCAUGGCCACUUCCUCAGUUUGUGACAAAGUGAAGAAUGGUAUUCAACAGUUGAUAGAUAGUGGGUAUCUACAGUUUGAGCGCAUACGACGGCCCGAGGUAUUUGAGAAUGAAAUUAAUGUGGCAUCCAUUCCCUACACUCCUGCUAAAAUCCCAAUUCCUGCUAGAGCACCUCCUUUGGUUAUUACAUCACCUGGUCCCGUUCCGUAUACUAGUGAGAAAGCAAUCCCAUGGAAUUAUGGCGGAGAAGUUUUCUACCAAGGGGCCAAGUAUGAGAUUAAAGCACCGGUUGAGAAAGAAGAUGUUGAUAAUGUUGUUGGCAUUGGAAGAAUGACAAGAAGUGGUCGUAUUUUCAACCCUCCCCAGAGUACUCGCGAUGACAAUACAGAAGCUCAAGCUCAAGCAAAAGGGAAAGGAGUGACAGAAGAUACUAUAGACCAGGGGCAAAGUUCUAAUUCUGAAGAUACUAUGGCCAAAGAGAUGGAAGAGUUCCUAAAGAUCAUCAAGAAGAGUGAGUAUAAAGUGGUUGACCAGCUGAGCCAAACUCAAUCUAAGAUCUCGAUCUUACAGUUGCUCUUAUGCUCCGAGACGCAUCGAAAUGCUUUAUUGAGACUCCUAGGCACUGCCUUUGUCCCUCCUGAGAUCUCAGUAAAUCAGCUUGAAGGGGUUGUGUCUAAUAUCAAUGCUGGAAACGGAUUGGGAUUCACUGAUGCAGAUUUGCCUUCUGAAGGUAGAAAACAUAAUAGAGCUUUGCACAUAUCUGUGGAGUGCAAGGGGACUAUAUUAUCUCGUGUUCUUGUUGAUAAUGGAUCUUCUUUGAAUGUGUUACCAAAGUCGUCUUUAAUGAGGCUAGACUAUUCUGGUGUUGAGAUAAGGCCGAGCGAAUUAACUGUGAGAGCCUUUGAUGGCUCAAAGAGGUCGGUGUUUGGGGAGGUUGAUUUACCAGUGAUGAUAGGUCCUCAACUCUUCACUAUUACUUUCUUUGUGAUGGAUAUCCACCCGGCCUACAGUUGUCUCCUGGGGCGUCCAUGGAUCCAUGCUGCUGGGGCCGUGACUUCCACAUUGCAUCAGAAACUCAAAUUCGCCACUCAAGGGAAGAUAGUCACAAUAUGUGGGGAGGAAGAGCAUGUGGUAAGCCAUCUUGCGUCUUUCAAAUAUAUUGAUGUGGAAGGGGAGGUCCACGAAACACCUUGUCAAGCGUUUGAGGCUGUCCAGACUAUCAAGAUCCCUUAUGUUGAAAAGAAGAAGUUGGAGGCUCCUAUGUCUUCACUAAAGGAAGCCAAAGCUGUGGUUGAAUCUGGUCAUCCUGAAGGAUGGGGCCGAGUCUUGGAUCUACCAAUCAAGCAGGAUAAGUGUGGGAUUGGAUAUCAGUUGGGGCAGAGUUCUUCUGAUGGGUCCUUCAAGAAGCCCGGAACCUUCGUUCCGAUCAAGUUCUCUAGUGCUGGCAUCGUCAAGGAUCAUAUUUGCGCUACUGAUGAUGAUAUGGAUAGAAAGUUGCUUGGUUUCAUCGUAAGUGAAAGGGGUAUCGAGGUCGAUCCCGCCAAGGUAAAAGCUAUACAAGAGAUGCCUGAGCCGAGAACUGAGAAACAGGUUCGUGGAUUCUUGGGAAGGUUAAAUUAUAUUGCAAGGUUCAUCUCACACCUUACCGCCACGUGUGAACCUAUCUUCAAGCUAUUGAGAAAGAAUCAGGCAAUAAAGUGGGAUGACAAUUGUCAAAAGGCAUUUGACAAGGUUAAAGAAUAUUUGCAAGAGCCUCCAAUCCUCAUGCCUCCAGUGGAAGUCAAAUGGGACAAUGAAGCGCCGUCAAUUGUGAUCAAAAGGUUGGAUGAACCUGCAUUCUGUGGCGUCAUUGAUAAUGUGCCUGAUGAGAAACCGUGGUUUUAUGACAUUAAGAAAUUUUUGGAAACCCAAGAGUAUCCCGAGGGUGCUUCCCUUACAGAUAGGAAAACUUUGAAGAGACUGUCUGCCAAGUUCUUCAUUGCUGGAGAUGUGAAGCUCAGUGAAGCCGAUUGGGUUCAGACCAGAUUUGAUCAAUUGAACCUCAUUGAUGAAAAGAGGCUAGCGGCCAUAUGCCAUGGGCAAGCCUAUCAAAAGAAGAUGAAGAGAGCCUUCGACAAGAAGAUUCGACCUCGACACUUUCAGGUUGGUGACCUUGUGCUCAAGAAGAUCCUUCCUAUUCACAACGAUCCUAGGGGAAAGUGGACUCCGAAUUACGAAGGGCCUUAUGUUGUAAAGAAAGUCUUCUCAGGUGGCGCCAUGAUCCUCUCAACUAUGGAUGGCGAGGACUUUCCACUUCCCGUGAACGCCGACGCAGUUAAAAAAUACUUCGCAUAA